UUAUUGACGAGUUAGAGAUUGCGAGCCAUCUGAGUGUUCAACGAAUAUACCUGCUACGUUUAGUUGUAGUCCUAGAUGAGAUUACUGAAUUGAUACACAAUGUUAUCGAUACACAAAACACAACAUAGCUGCUAUGCUAUCAUUGGCUUAUCAGCGACAUUAAUGACUUCCAGAGCAGACUAAUUCUUUUCCAGCUGUGCCAACCUUGGAGCUUCAAAGUGGAAUAUGAGAGACCAUAGCAGCCUAGGCCACAGUUCGCCAAGUCCCCACCUGUGUUUCUGUGUUCUGGAUUACGAUUAUGGAUGGGGGAUUGCAGCCCUCUACUGAAUAAAAACCAUUGGCUAAAAGCUUGGAAACGUGGCAACUGUGAAUUGACAAAUCACAAACAUUCCCUCUACCUAAGCCCCAACCUGAUUGCACUAAUGGGUGAUCCCUAUCAAACCCUUUCACCUUCAAAUAAUUCUCCCUCUCCCACUCUCUCUCUGCCCCUGCUACUGUGCAAGUACAGGGACAGGAAGAGUUGAAAAGAAGACUCAACGACUCACUUGGCCCAACACUUCAAUUGCAGCCACUGGUUUGCAUUUCACAUUUAUGAGGGAUCGAUCAUUCAUUCUUCUUUCCCCACAGUUGUGAUUCAGGAAACCAAGGAUCAUCCAUCCUUCAUCCAUCCACCUGCAUUAUAUAAAUACAACAUUGUUAUAGUAUGGAUGACUACACUGCUGCUAGAGGAGGGUGGUGGGUUCAGCAGCUAUACCCUCAUCAACAAGCCUUCUUCACCAUCACAACGAUGAACAGCGCCAAACUCACCUCCCUGCCACUCGUUCGAAGCCAAAGCUCCUCUUCCUCCUCGGCCUCAGGCAGCAAUUCCGAGGAUGAUGGUCCUCAGCAGCAGCAGCAGCAGCAGCAGCGACAGCAGAGCAUAGUGGUUCCGUCCAAUGGCAUCGCUGCUGCGCUAACUGAGGCUAUGGAUAACAAAGAUCAGAUAUGGUCUAUCACUCCUCAAAUCCCAGCAGAUUUAUCAGUUCAAGUGCAAGAUGCUACAUUCACUGUUCACAAGUACCCCUUGGUAUCAAAAUGCGGCUACAUAGGGCGGCUCGAACUUCAGCCUUCAAUUUCAAACUUUCCCUAUGAAGUCAAGCUCGAUAACUUCCCAGGAGGACCAGAAGCAUUCGACGCCGUUCUAAAAUUCUGUUAUGGCCUUCCCCUAGAUUUGAACCCUCAGAAUAUAGCUCAACUUAGGUGUGCAUCAGAGUACCUAGAAAUGAGUGAAGAGCUUGAAGAUGGGAAUCUAGUCACAAAGACAGAAGCUUUCCUCACAUUCGUCAUUCUCUCUUCAUGGAGAGACACAAUCACCGUCCUCAAAUCCUGUGAUGCCCUAUCUCCAUGGGUAGAAAAUCUGCAAAUUGUUAGGAGAUGCUGCGACUCGAUUGCAUGGAAGGCUUCAAGAGACAAUUUGACAACUACUGGGGAACCAGCAACAGCUAGUGACGAUGCAUGGUGGCUGGAUGAUGUGGCUACCCUCCGCAUCGAUCAUUUCAUAAGGGUCAUAACAGCAAUUAGGGCAAAGGGAGCAAACCCAGAGGUAAUUGGCAAGUGUAUAAUGCGCUAUGCAUCAAGAUGGUUAUCAGGAAUGGAUGAUGAAUUAGAAGAUGUAAGAGGCUAUGCAAACCAGGGAAAGAAUGGGUUGCAGUUCAGUGUACUAAGUGGGAGGAGAAAGGAAGAUCAGAGUGCUGGAAGCAACAAGGAGAAGAAGGCUAUCAUUGAGAACCUAAUAAGCAUCUUGCCUCCUAAAAAAGAAGCUGUACCAUGUAGAUUUUUAUUGGAGAUGUUGAAGAUGAGUAUUGUUUAUUCUGUAUCGCCAGCUUUGAUCUCACAGCUAGAGAAGAGAGUUGGGAUGACGUUAGAGACGGCCACUGUGAAGGAUUUGCUGAUCCCUAAUUACAAAAAUGAAGAUCAAGGGAAGCUACUAAAAUCACCUGACCAACAACGCACAAUGCACAACCUAGAUGUGGUACAUAGAAUCAUAGAGUAUUUCUUGAUGCAUGAACAGGAUCAGCAGCAACUACAACCAACGCCAGGGAAAUCAAGUGUCAGUAAGCUUCUAGACAGCUAUCUAGCUGAAAUUGCCAAGGAUCCGAAUGUAUCUGUCAUCCAAUUUCAGGUCUUGGCUGAAGCACUGCCAGAAAAUGCUAGAGCAUGCCAUGAUGGCCUGUAUAGGGCCAUUGACACCUAUCUAAAGACUCAUCCUUCACUCUCAGAGCAUGAUCGUAAAAGGGUUUCCAAACUAAUGAUUUGUGAGAAACUAUCCAUGGAUGCCUGCAUGCAUGCAGCACAAAAUGAAAGGUUGCCUCUAAGAACCGCAAUUCAGGUUCUGUUCUCUGAGCAGAUAAAAUUGAGGGCAGCAAUGCAAAGAAAAGAGUCAGCAGCAGAGAGUGGCAAUAUUUCAGAACAGGAGACACACCAAACAGAAACAAAAUCGGAGAUCAUGACACUUAAAGCAGAACUGGAGAAUGUUAAGACACGAAUGGCAGAGUUACAGAAGGACUACGUGGAACUGCAGCUCGACUAUGCUAGGUUAAACAACAAGCAGAAACAGACAGUAUCUUGGAACUUGGGUUGGAAGAGAAUAAGGCCAUCCUCUCUUUUCCAGAGGAAAGCAGAUGGGGAAGAAAUAGAAGAAGGAAGGAAGAGAUCCAAUUCCACAAGCCGUAAACCCAGCUUGAGAAGAAGAAUGUCCGUUUCCUAGAAUUUGAAGCAACAUGCCAAACAUGCAGAAUGUAACUGCAACCAGAGGCUCAAAAGUAAUUUACUGUCUAAUAUGAACUCAAUUCGACCCAUUUGGUUCUUCUGAAGGGGAAUGGUUAGCUAAAAGUAUCAAAUUGGGUCAUCAUUUGAAUGUAAUCAUUUGAGUCAUGCCACAUAAUAUGGCCAAUGCUAUUGCUUCUGUAGUGCUAGAUUAAGCCCAAAUUCAGUUUGAGAGAAUGAUGAUGGUCAUUGCAGUUCGCCACAUUUCCAUGGUGUCAAGCAUCAAUCAAACAGCAGGCUAUCAUAUGGCCAGAUAAUCGAGUGAAUUCAUAUCAAGAUUCCAGUAAGAAAACAAAGAAAACCCCUAGAAGAAACAGCAAUUCAUGGCAAAAACUAAUUUUAUUCAUACGCCUUUAAUCGCACUAAGAACUUCCCGACAAUUAAGUUCAAGAAACCCUACCGAAAUGAGGUAACAAAACAUACCAAACUCCUACCUACCUAGAAGUCCUCAUGCUGCUCCAAGGGAACUUGAGCUUCUCCGCCGUGGCAUCACCACGACGCCCCUUGUACCCUCCACCGCCACCGCGGCCGCUCACAUCCCGAUCCUUCUCCUCUCUUCUCCCGUCGAGCCAAUGCUUCUUCCCACCACCAUCCUCCACGACUUCCCCAGACCUCUGCUGCUUAUUCAUCCUCUCCUUCUCCUGCUCGACAACCUUCAGCGGGAACAAAUCGGGAGAUAUGGAGAGCGGGGUUUUGAGGGUGACGUAGGCCUUCUUGUAGUCAGGCUUGGCGAACAGAAUCCCGCCGCGCUUCUUCUUCUUUCCCUCCAUGUUGAGCGUGCGGACCUUGUCGACGUCGAAGCCGUAGAGCGACUCCAAGACACGCUUGAUUUCGAUUUUGGAAGCGGAAGGGACGGUUUUGAGUGCGAUCUCGUUGAUGUUCUCGUAGGUCUUGGGCAUUAGAAGCUUGAUCGGAAGGUUUGCAAAGUGAAUCACUCUUCUCCCCAACCUGCUCCCCAUUUCUUCCUCUUCUUCCCGCCGCUUCUUCUUCUCCCAACGGCGAGUGUCGCUUGCUUUGUGUUCUAGGCUUCUAGCUGAGCUGAGCGGCUAUGGCGGAA